AGGAUAAUUAAAAUAGAUAAUCAAAUUAGGAAAUUUGGGAGGGACAAAAUGGGACGGAGGUAUCUCCAAAUGUUUUGGAGAUGACACCAUUAGAUUUAUGUACUCUAUAUAAUUCACACUUUUAAUAUAAUUUAUACUAUUUUACUUCUUAAAAAAAAGGUGAAAUUUGGGAAUUUGCUAAUGGCUUCUUUGCCUCAAUCCACCUUGAAUGUAUUCGUGUAUGGCAGUCUAUUAGCUGAUGACAUUGUUCGUGCACUGCUCAAACGUGUUCCUCUUUCUAAUCCUGCUAUCCUCCACAACUAUCAUAGGUUUAGCAUCAAAGGGCGUGUUUAUCCUGCCAUCCUACCAAUUGAAAACAAAAGAGUUAAUGGGAAGGUUCUGUUGGAUAUCACUGUUCCUGAACUGAAUAUCCUGGAUGCAUUUGAGGAUUUUGAGUAUGAAAAGACGACUGUUGAUGUUUCCCUGAUGGAUAGUUCCAAGACAUUGCAGGCUGAAACAUAUGUUUGGGUUAACAAGAACGAUCCAGAUUUAUACGGGGAAUGGAACUUUGAGGAAUGGGAAGUAUUGCACAAGGGAGACUUCUUGAAAAUGACAAUGGGGUUCAGUGAAGAAAUGGGGCUACCUGAAUCAAAAACCAGAGUGGCAACAUAUGAAUCUUUCUAUACACAAGAAGAGAAAAAGUUCAAGCCUUGAUGUGUAGUUGUAGUUGAUAACUAUGUUGCUCGAACUCUCCAAAAAUGUUGCCGCACCCUUGUCGGAUCCUUCAACAAUACACUACUUUGGAGGAUCCGACAUGCACCCGCCUACAUUUUUGAAGUGUCUGAGCAACAUAGGUUGAUAAGUCUGCUAAUAAAACAACAAAGUCUAAACCUCCCCUAUUCCUUCACUGCCCAUCCACCAAAAGAAAAUCAAUAAAUUGGCUACAUUGCUCGGACUCUUCAAAAAUGAUGCUGCACCCGUGUCGGAUUCGUAAAAAAUACUUUGUUUUUGGAUAAUCUGACAUGGACCGUGCACCCAUUGACAUUUUUUUAAGGGUCCGAGCAACAUAGCAAAAUAGCGAAAGCAACCGAGCUUAGUAUUUUUCAUCUUAUGUGAACUUCAUAGGGUCAUUUGUAGGAGAUAGCAGGAUUUUUCGAAAAGGAGUAGCAUCUACUGUGCUUGUGCUCUAACUAUUUAUCGAGAUUGUGAGUACAAUUCCGUGUAUUUUCCCAA